CCAGGUGACACUGCCCUUCUUCCCACAGGUACAGACAUUGCUGCAGGAGAGGAAGUUGCCAUCAAGCUUGAAUGUGUCAAAACCAAACACCCUCAGCUCCACAUCGAGAGCAAGAUCUACAAGAUGAUGCAGGGAGGAGUGGGAAUCCCUACCAUCCGGUGGUGUGGUGCAGAGGGGGACUACAAUGUCAUGGUCAUGGAGCUGCUGGGACCAAGCCUGGAGGACCUCUUCAACUUCUGCUCCAGGAAAUUCAGCCUCAAGACCGUCCUGCUCCUCGCUGACCAGAUGAUUAGUCGCAUCGAGUACAUUCACUCAAAAAACUUUAUACACCGAGAUGUGAAGCCAGAUAACUUCCUCAUGGGCUUGGGCAAGAAGGGCAACCUUGUCUACAUCAUCGACUUCGGGCUGGCCAAGAAGUACCGGGACGCCAGGACCCACCAGCACAUCCCCUAUCGCGAGAACAAGAACCUCACCGGCACAGCUCGAUAUGCCUCCAUCAAUACCCACCUUGGCAUUGAGCAGUCCCGCCGCGAUGACCUGGAGUCUCUGGGCUACGUGCUGAUGUACUUCAACCUGGGCUCCCUGCCCUGGCAGGGGCUGAAGGCCGCCACCAAGAGGCAGAAGUACGAGCGAAUCAGCGAGAAGAAAAUGUCCACACCCAUUGAGGUGCUCUGCAAAGGCUAUCCUUCUGAGUUCGCCACUUACCUGAACUUCUGCCGCUCCCUGCGCUUCGACGACAAGCCCGACUACUCGUACCUGAGACAGCUCUUCCGGAACCUCUUCCACCGCCAGGGUUUCUCCUACGACUAUGUGUUUGACUGGAACAUGCUCAAGUUCGGGGCCAGCCGGGCCGCCGACGAUGCAGAGCGGGAACGCCGGGACCGAGAGGAGCGGCUGAGACACUCCCGGAAUCCCGCCACCAGGGGCCUCCCUUCCACAGCCUCCGGCCGCCUGCGGGGAACCCAAGAGGUGGCUCCCCCCACGCCCCUCACCCCUACCUCACACACUGCAAACACCUCUCCGCGGCCCGUCUCUGGCGUGGAACGAGAGCGGAAAGUGAGUAUGCGGCUGCACCGCGGCGCCCCGGUCAACGUCUCUUCGUCCGAUCUCACAGGCCGGCAAGAUACGUCACGCAUGUCCACCUCACAGAAUAGCGCUCCCUUUGAACACCACGGCAAGUAGCUGCUCGUCUCCGUGGAAGCAGCACCGAUUCCUGGUCGGGUGGCGCCCAGUGGUCUCCAGUCUGCCGUGCCGCGGUGAGCGCCUGUGCGCGAGGCAGGCAUGCAUGGCUCAUCAUGUACCAAUGGCUUCCUAGUGCCGCGCCCGACCGAGCAGGAAGGCGAGCCGCAGAAGCCGGCCAAUCGCCACGGGCGCAUGGGACACACAGGACGACACGCCUGGGGCUGCCGGCCCCGCCCGCCUGCGUCUCCGCACCGCUGCCGCCACCUCGGUGGCCUGUGCGCCCGCGAGCCUACUGUAACUACCGACCUUUCUCUUGGUUAAGACAGUUUUGUAUCAUUUUGCUAAAAACUCUUGGCUUAAACCUGUGUGAAGAAACCCGUCUUUUUCUUGUUUCCUCCUUGUCUGUUUUGUUGGUGUCAGCCUGGAACGAGGCCCUGGUUGGCGCUGUGUGUGAGGGGUCGGCUGCCAGCGCUGGGCGCCGGCCGUGUGUGUCCGUCCAUCUGCUGUCCUGUCGUGCUGUGCUGUGUGGUCCACUGGGCAAGGAUGCUCACCAACACAAUCGCGUGUGGGGGUCCCGUGUGCGUGUGCCCCACUCGGAACAGGUGCUGUUGGCCAGCAGUUGGGAGGUCCUCUCUGGAAGAGGAAGGGCUGCUGGGGGUCUCCAUGCUAAGGCGGCCACGGGGCGCAUCAGGGACGUGAGUGUGAGUGGGCUGCUGGAAUCGGGGGGGCUUGCGGGGCAGGCAGCAUUGUCUGGGGUUCAGGGUGACCAUGCAGUCUAGAGAAUGACCUGCCCAAACUCAGGUGCGUGAAAGCACGCGCUGCACCACCCGCAGCGCUGGGUCCGCAGGCCUCACCCUGUGACUGCUAGUGGGCGCUCCAGGACGAGCUGGUGGUCACUCAGAUGGGAACCAGGGACAAGGCUCUUGUGUGCCCAGUGCCCCACAUCACAGGCCCUGCCCCAUGUAGUUAGAAUGUGUGCUGGCCUGUCAUCUGUGUGUCCGGGAGUCUCGGGACAGUGUGUUUGUACCGCCACUGUAUUUGUGUACUCUGACGACGGUGUAAAUAAUAAAUUCAUACAGCUUCUACACUUCU